GGCACACCGAGGGCUGCGCGCAAUUAACAGCUUGGAAAUACUUCCGCCCUCUGGACACACUUGCAUCCCUGGCACUUUUUGUUUUGUAUUGUUUUUUUUUUUUUUUUUUUUGCUCCACGGAGCAGGUGUUUCGGGCUUUCUCAAGAUUUGUGGACAAGACUUUUGCUGUUUGACUGAUUUUAAAGUCCACUCGAAAACCCCAAGAAAAAAAAAAUGGACAACAGCCUAGGAGGUGGAGGCGGAGGAGUCAUCCUGUACGCGAGCUCCUCCGGAAGCUCCAGCCCCAGCCCCAGCCCCAGCCCCAGCCCCAGCCCGGGCAGCCCCUCCAGCGGGUACCAGACGCAGUCACCUUCCUCACACUCGCAGCCGUCGUCGCCAGAGGACGUGACCUUGACGGAAAUUGGGGCGCUGAAAGGAAGGGCGGCCGGGUCGCCCGCUCCAAACUCCAAACUAGUGUUCCAGUUCCCCGAGGUGUACCGUGGCUCCCCUGCAGCGGCCACUCCGCAGCAUCUCUACGCACAUCCAAUUGCUGGAAAAAGGCCCUGCGGCUUCCGUGGAACAUUCACGAAGAACGGCGGCAUGGUUCUCCUCUGCAAGGUCUGUGGGGAUAUUGCGUCUGGUUUCCAUUACGGAGUCCACGCGUGUGAGGGAUGCAAGGGGUUUUUCCGCCGCAGCAUCCAGCAGAACAUCAACUACAAGAUGUGCGUGAAGAACGAGAGCUGUCUGAUUAUGCGGAUGAAUCGCAAUCGGUGCCAGCACUGUCGCUUCAAGAAGUGCCUGUCUGUCGGCAUGUCACGAGACGCGGUGCGCUUUGGCCGCAUCCCGAAAAGAGAAAAGCAGCGACUUUUGGACGAGAUGCAGAGCUACAUGAACAGCCUCGAUGAGUCAGCCGCCACGCACGUGGACUCAUCCUCCCCGGAAGACGCGGCCCUCCACGAAGAAGACGGCAGCGCAAAGGAGGCCAUCGGGGCCAUCUCCAGGGCCUACCGGGACAUCUUCAGUGGCAGCGGCCAUGAGAGGACAGCCAAGAGGGCUAAAAUAAGCUGCGCCGACAGCAAAGCUUCUCCAGAUUACGCUUUCUGUCAGAUUCCGCCACAAGCCAACUCUUGCCCAGUUUCCCCUGAUGACACCAAACUUACUUUCCACAACGUCAACAACAAUGGCUACGCAUAUACGCUGUCAGCAAAUCAAAAGCGUCAACCAAGUGUGGACACUCCUCAAAGAGAGUCUGGCAAUUACUCAUGCAAGGCAGGGAAUGCCAGAAAUCAGGCCUCCUGCCCGUGGACGUUAGCUCCGGGAGCUAAAGUGCUGGCCUGUCCGCUCAACGCGUGCCCCGUUUCUGGGCCGGAGCGCAGCAGUCAGGAGAUCUGGGAGUCCUUUUCUCAGUGUUUCACUCCCGCUGUCGAGGAGGUGGUAGAAUUCGCCAAGGGCAUCCCGGGCUUCCGAGAGCUGAGCCAGCAGGACCAAGUCAUGCUGCUGAAAUCGGGCACCUUCCAGGUUCUGAUGGUGAGGUUCUGCGGCUUGUUCAACGCCGCAGAGCAAACUGUGACCUUCCUGAAUGGCCAAACGUACCCCUUGUCCACCCUGCGGGCUUUGGGCAUGGGCGCCCUCCUGGAUGCGAUGUUUGACUUCAGCGAGAAGUUGGCUUCCAUGGGAUUGGAGCCGGACGAAAUGGCUCUCUUCAUGGCUGUGGUCUUGGUUUCAGCAGAUCGUUCCGGCGUCUCCGACGUGCUGGCUGUCGAGCGGCUCCAGGAGGGUCUCAUCCGUGCUUUGCGGUCGCUGAUCACUCGACGCGGUCCAGACGAUACCUCGCUCUUCUCCAAACUCCUGCUGCGGCUGCCGGACCUCCGCACCCUCAACAAUCUGCACUCCGACAAACUUUUGGCCUUUCGUAUUGACCCUUGAGCGAGCACAGCCAAAAAAAAAAAAAAAAAACCACAUCACACACACAUACGUUAACUUCCAAGGGAGGGACUUUCUCGAUAAAAAAGGAACGAAGAAUGCUGCAAUGUUUGUUUUUUUUUAAAAGGAUAACGGUAUCACAAUCAAUAUUUUUGAUCCACGCCUCUGUUGGGAUAAAUAAAAGCGCUCACGAAAAGACACGUGUGCAUACAAACUGGAACACUUUGUUAGAAUAAGAAAUUCCACACAUCAUUUUGGGACUCAACCUUUCGAAUCCGUGUACUUAACAGUAACACGGGCCUUCCCUGACAAGACAAACCUCAGGCCCGCGAGUUUAGGGACCAUUAGUGAUGAUGUCAUGUUAUGAGCUCAUUUGUUUGAAAGAGAAAGGGAAUUUGUAUGUAAAUACGUAGCAAAAUCUCAACUAUUGUGGAUGUUCAUUUCACCAUCCACAUUAAUGCUGGAAAGAGGCCAUUCACUUAUCGUGUCACCUGUACACAACAUUGUUUUGGGACUAAAUGUGUACAAGCUAUGUAAAGGCACAUGAAAUUGUUCCACUAAAAAAAACAUUGUGUCAUCAGUAUCCAAAAUACCUGCAGUAGUGGAAGGUCUCUGUGCAUGUUUUGUACUUCUGUAGUUUAUUUAUCGUGUUGGAUGUAUGAUGUCUAUCCAAAUAUGAGUGCACAGAUGUAAGAGGUGGCAGUUUGUUGAAAAUGACCUUCCAGCACAAGGUGAGGGCCUUAAUCGGGCAAGGGGGGCUUUGCACAGGAGAAUUUGAGAGGGACCUUCAACACGGUGCCUGCAUUGAGAAGAUGUAACCAAGCAGAAUAGUUCCUGGAAUCACCAGCACCCACUCCACGUGCACCCGGCACCCAAUGUUUGUCAUACAAACUAAAGAGAUACAGACGAGUGGGAGAUCUUAUUUGAUUGGUCGUCUCACUGAUCGUGUGAUUGAGUACUUGUUGUACAUUUUGUAAAUCUUCAAUAGAAGCGAUAUAAAUUUAAACUUGUCUAUUAAUCUGCUUUAGUGUAUUUUGUUGAAACGUUCAUCCAGUUUGGACCCACCCAUUGAAGGUGCUCCCC